CGAGACCGCCUAGCAGCGCGGGGCCCAGACUCCCCACAGAUGCAAGCAGCUCUUUGUUCCACCUUGACAAAACCCCCAGAAAUAUACCUCUGGCCAGCUCCAGCGGCUUUUCUCUGAACACCCGGGUGUCUCAGUGUGUGCUUCAACCAUGUAAAGCACAGUAUGGUUGUAAAAGCGCUAGAACCAGUGAUUUGACCAAACAAAACCCACCUUGAAUUGUAAAUGUGGUGGUGUGAGUGUUUAAAUUAAAAAUCCUGCCUAGUAAAGCAGGAUUUGUUGGCGUUUGUUGUGUCUUAGUGAGUGAGUAGCUAUUAGUGGAGGCCCGAGAGCCUUCUGACAUUUCUACACCAUGCCCGCAGUAAAUGGAACGAGAUGAGGAAGAGAUACUGGGAGAGAGCGGGUGGCGGCGGUAACGGCGGGACGGUCACGUGACACCGCUGUUGUUCAUUGGCCGCCGCAGAUUGAACUCAGACCGCGGGAAACUUUGGUCCUGGGUUUGAAAAGUGUGACUGGGUGCUGCCUGGGGAUGUUGGCUGGCUGGACUGGUGAACCUUGGUUACCCUAAAUACCACCGCCGGCAUGAUGGAGGCCUACACUGUGCCGCUGAGGACACUUUCGGACAAUAUGCCUAGUGCACCGGUGGCAUCCAAGAAGGCCAGCAAGGCAUCAGUGGAGACCGUUUACCAAAAGAAGACUCAACUAGAGCACAUUCUACUCCGUCCUGACACUUACAUUGGAUCUGUGGAAUAUGUGACAGAACAGAUGUGGGUCUAUGACAGGGAAUCAGAGAGAAUUAUGCAGAGAGAAAUAUCGUAUGUGCCUGGCCUGUACAAGAUCUUUGAUGAAAUCCUUGUGAAUGCUGCUGAUAACAAGCAGAGGGAUCGUAGUAUGGAUAUGAUUAAGGUGGACAUUGAUCCUGAGAAUAAUCAAGUAUCCAUCUACAACAAUGGUAAAGGUAUCCCUGUGGUGAUGCACAAAGGAGAAAAGAUGUAUGUCCCUACCAUGAUCUUUGGACAUCUCCUUACUUCUUCCAAUUAUAACGACGAGGAGCAGAAGGUGACAGGUGGACGUAAUGGUUAUGGUGCCAAGUUGUGUAACAUAUUCAGUACCAAGUUCACUGUUGAGACUGCCUCUGAAGAGUACAUGUUGAAUUAUAAGCAGACCUGGGCAGAGAACAUGAGCAAGGCUAGUGAAGCAAAGAUCAAGAACUAUGGAGGUGAGGAUUUCACCAGAGUCACAUUUUCACCAGAUCUUAAGAAGUUCAAGAUGGAGUCUUUGGACGAAGACAUUGUUGCUCUCCUGUCCCGUAGAGCAUAUGAUAUUGCUGCCUCCACCAGGGGGGUGAAGGUGUAUCUCAAUGGAAAACGCAUUCCUAUCAAGAAUUUUAAGGAUUAUGUUGAUCUGUACUUGAAGGAUAAAGUUGAUGAUGCAGAUAAUCCUGUGAAAGCAGUAUAUGAAAAUGUGAAUGAAAGGUGGGAGGUAGCAGUGGCCCUCUCAGACAAGGGGUUCCAGCAAAUGUCCUUUGUUAACAGUAUUGCUACAACUAAGGGAGGAAGACAUGUUGACUAUGUGACAGAUAAUAUUGUUAAGAACCUGACUGAAACUUUAAAGAAGAAAAAUAAAAGUGGCGUUCAAAUAAAGCCUUUCCAAAUUAAAAAUCAUCUGUGGGUCUUUGUAAACUGUUUGAUUGUUAAUCCAACCUUUGAUUCUCAAACCAAAGAAAACAUGACCCUUCAAGCCAAGAGUUUUGGGUCCAAGUGUACAUUUUCUGAAAAAUACAUUGCUAACAUUAUGAAGUGUGGUGUUGUGGAGGCUGUUAUGGCUUGGGCAAGGUUCAAACAACAAGCUCAACUGCAGUCCAAGUGUGCCAGUAAGAAGCACACCAAACUCAAAGGUAUUCCCAAGCUGGAAGAUGCUAAUGAUGCUGGGACAAAAGAUUCUUCCAGUUGCACACUCAUCCUCACUGAGGGAGACUCAGCCAAGACAUUGGCUGUGGCUGGACUUGGUGUGGUGGGCAGGAACAGAUAUGGUGUCUUCCCCCUUAGAGGUAAACUUUUAAAUGUUCGUGAAGCCUCCCACAAGCAAAUUUUAGAAAAUGCAGAAAUCAACAAUAUCAUCAAAAUUCUUGGUCUUCAGUACAAGAAGAAGUAUGAAACAGAUGCAGACAUGAAGACUCUGCGCUAUGGCAAACUGAUGAUUAUGACGGAUCAGGAUCAGGAUGGCUCCCACAUCAAGGGUUUGCUGAUCAACUUCAUCCAUCACAACUGGCCCACUCUUCUGCGCCGCCCUUUCAUGGAGGAGUUCAUCACACCUAUUGUCAAGGCUUCCAAAGGGGGCAGAGAGAUUCCCUUCUACUCCCUGCCAGAAUUUGAGGAGUGGAAAAAAUCACGAGACAACUGGCACACCUACAAGAUAAAGUACUACAAAGGUUUGGGUACUUCAACUUCAAAGGAGGCGAAGGAGUAUUUCACAGACAUGUUGCGCCACCGGGUUAUUUUUGAUUAUAGUGGUGCUCAAGAUGACCACUCUAUUCAGAUGGCCUUCAGCAAAAAGGCAGUUGAUCAGCGGAAGGAGUGGCUGACAGGGUGGAUGGAAGAGUGCAAGCGGCGCAAGGAGCUGGGCCUGCCAGAUAUCUACCUUUAUGAGAAGGACACCAAGACUGUCACCUAUACAGAUUUUGUCAACAAGGAGCUUGUUCUGUUUUCCAAUUUAGAUAAUGAGCGUUCCAUUCCCUGCCUGGUGGAUGGACUCAAGCCAGGCCAGAGGAAGGUGCUUUAUACCUGCUUAAAGAGAAAUGACAAGCGGGAAAUUAAAGUGGCCCAGUUGGCGGGUUCUGUGGCUGAACACUCGGCUUACCACCAUGGUGAGACCUCCCUCAUGUCCACCAUCAUCAAUCUAGCGCAAGACUUUGUUGGGUCUAACAACAUCAAUCUUCUCCAGCCCAUUGGUCAGUUUGGAACCAGGCUGCAAGGAGGCAAGGAUUCUGCAAGUCCCAGAUAUAUCUUCACUAUGCUGAGCAAACUCACUCGAGCCAUCUUCCACAUCCAUGAUGAGGCUCUCUUGAAGAGCAACUAUGAUGACAACAAGCGCAUUGAGCCUGAGUGGUACAUUCCUAUCAUUCCCAUGGUGCUGGUGAAUGGGUCUGAAGGCAUUGGAACAGGUUGGAGCACCAAGAUCCCAAAUUACAAUCCACGAGAGAUUGUCAACAAUCUCAAGAAAAUGAUUAAUGGAGAAGAACCAGAAAGGAUGAAACCAUGGUUCAAAGGAUUCAAGGGCACAGUGGAAGAGAUUGAUGGGCAGCGCUAUGUAAUACAUGGUGAGAUAGCUGACCUGGGAAACAACAAGUUGGAGAUCACAGAGUUGCCUUUACGUGUCUGGACACAAGUCUACAAAGAAAGUGUAAUGGAGCCACUAUUUGUAGGCAGUGACAAAGCCCCUGCCAUAAUCACUGACUACAAGGAGUACCACACAGACACUACUGUGCGCUUUGUGGUGAACAUGACAGAAGACAAAUUCCAGAAGGCACUUGCUGAUGGCAUGCACAAGGUCUUUAAACUGCAAGGCUCCCUGACCACUUCCACUAUGGUCCUCUUUGAUCACAAUGGUGUUCUUCGGAAAUAUGAAACAGUGGAUCAGAUUCUGAGGGAGUUCUUUGACCUUCGCCUUCAGUAUUAUGAGAAGAGAAAGGCAUAUCUGGUGGGAUUCUUAGAGGCAGAAGCCUGCAAAUUGUCUAAUCAGGCAAGAUUCAUCUUGGAGAAAUGUGAUGGCAGUCUGGUAAUUGAAAACAAGAAGAAAAAGGACACUAUUGCAGAGCUCCAGAGAAAGGGCUAUGAUUCUGACCCACUCAAGGCUUGGAAGAAGCUCCAGGACCUAAAUGCUCUUUUGGAAGAACAGCUGGAGACUGAAAUGGAGGAAGAGGAGGCUGAAAACUCCAGCGGCCCUGAUUAUGACUAUUUGCUAGGCAUGAAGCUGUGGUCGUUGACUUUGGAAAGGAAGAAUGAAAUUCUGAAAAGUAGAGAUGAAAAGACACAGGAGCUGAGACUGCUAAAAGAGAAAACACCAUCAGACCUUUGGAUGAAUGAUCUUGAUACUUUCCUAGAGCAGCUGGAUGCUGUGGAAGCUGAGGAGAGAGAUGAAGCAAAACCUAAGAAGCCAAGGAAGAAGAAGUCCAGAGACGAUGAUGAUGAUGAUGAUGACUUCGAGAUUGGCAAAGCAACAAAGAAAAAACCAAAGAAGCGAGGAAGUAGUAAUUCGGCAGCUGAUGCUAAUGAAACUAGACCAUCAGCAUUUGGAGAGAGGAUAGUGCCACUCAUUGACCAAGAGCUGAAGAAGAAAUUUGAAAAGGCUGCUGCUCUUAAGGAAAAAGAGAAAGGAAAGAAGACCAAGAAGGAAGCAAGAGAGUCGGGUGAACCUGAUGAGUUUGAUGAGCUGGUGGCUGCCAACACAGGCAAAUCUCUGGCCUCUCGGCUCGGCAACUCCCCUGAUAUGAUCAUGAAGAAGGCAAAGGCGAAAAGAUCUGGUGAUGGAAUGAAACAGACAAAGCUCAACUUCAAGAAAACAAGUCCUAAAAAGAAGGGCAGGAACUCAUCUGAUGAAAACAGUGAUUUGAGUGAUGUGUCUGUGGACUUCGAGCCCCGAGAACGAACCACUUCCCGGAGAGUGGCUACAAAAGUCAAGUAUACUAGAGACGACAGCAGCAGCAGCAGUGGUGGCGAGGAGUUCCAUGAUAAUGUGGGGAUAGAAGAACCUGACAUGGUUGUGAGCAACAGUAUUUUAGAUGAUUCUCAUGCAGGCAAAGGUGACACUGUAGCUGUGAGUGACACAGAUUCCGAAUUUGAAAAAAACCCACAGAAAAAACCUAAAGCGACAGCACCUCCUCAGGACAAACCCUCUGCCUCUGACUUGUUUGAUUCAAUGAUGACAGGUUCAUCAAUUUCUCCACCUGCAACUACUAGUGAGAAGGCACCUCCCAGGAAACGUGUCAUAACCUCCAUGGACAGCAGUGACGAGGAACCAAAACCCAAAAAAAAGCCUGGGCCAAAGAAGACUGCUGCGGCUGCUUACUCAAAUGACAUAUCAGAUGAUGAGGUUCCAAAGCAGAAGAAGAAACCCAUUCCCAAGAAGAAAGCCCUUGCUAAGCCUGCUGCCAUAUCUGAUGAUGAGGAUGUCCCUAAACCCAAGAAAAAGCCUGGUCCAAAGAAGACUGCAGCAGCCAAGAAGAAGGCUGCUGACUCGGAAUCAGAUGACAUGUUUGAAAGUUUCUCUAGUGGUAAAAGUGCGAAAAGCAGUGAAGUAGCUGAUGUUCCCCCACCACGGGAGCGGCCGGGACGUCAGAGGAAGGCUCCAGUUGUGUAUACCUUGAGUGAUGAUGAUGAGUCAGAUGAUGACUAUUAGGCAAAGUGUGAAAGUCUCUUCCUGAUUCCUGUAUUUGGUUAAGGGGUGGCUCAGUGUCAGGAAUGGUCAGUGAUCACCACAUGUGUUUUAGAACAUUCAUUGAAGCAUUUUGUCAAGGCUGGUUUUUUUUUUUUUUUUUUUUUUUUUAUUGACUUGGUUUUAUUCUAUUUUUAUACAUAUAUAUAUAUAUAUAUUUUUUUUUUUGUAGCCUUGAUUAAUGAAAGAAAACUCAAGGUUAAUUUUUUAUCUGAACUGAUGUCACUUCUCCUAUAUAUUCUUCAUGUAAUGAAUGCUGCAACAUUGACUUCAUGAAGAAAAUGACAACAUUGCAGAUAUGGAUUUAAAAAUCUUAGUUUUUAUAAAAUUACUCAGUAGCCUUUUAAUUUCUGUUGCACAAUUUUCUAUUCCCCUCUCCCUCUCUCCUCUUAUUGUAGAAUCCCUAAUACAGUGGUUUUAUUUUUGCAAUACAGUACAUACAACAGCACACACAUUCACUCAUUUAUAGUUCUUAAACUAGAGUUUUGGUAAAGAUUGGACCCUAAGAUAUUUUAUGUAACACUUGAUACUAUUAACAUGACAACAUAAUAGAUAGAUAGACCUUGUUUUAUGUCUUUGCCCUAUUUUUAUACACAUUUUUAAUGAUCUUGCCAUUUCAAAGUUCGGUGAACCUCUGGAAGUGUUUCUAAUUCAGCAAGUACAAAGGCUGGUGAGAAAGUGAAAAAGUAGUCAGUUUUGUUUUGGAUUAGAGUAUUAGUAUUUUUGUAACAAAUGUCGUGGUGGUUGGUAUUAAUAUGAAUAUAUACGUGUGUAUACAUGAAUUGCAAAUUCCAUGGUUCAUGCAAUAAAUUUUGCAGUAUUUUUAAUGAAAAUACUGAAAGGAAAUGGCAUAAGUAGAUUCAUCAUUAUUUUUUUAUCAUCUUUAGCAAAGAACUGCAGCAUUUUUUACUGUGAUUUUUUUUCUUUCUCUUGACUGCACAAAUUUUACAGUAUCUUUCCCUUUAUUCAAGUUUAAAAUCUCUAAUAUAAUAUUUUUGCAAUACUACAGUAUAAUUAUACAAAGCAUUCAUGUUCACUCAUCAUUUUGUAGUCCUCAACUAUAGAGCUUUGGUAAGCUAGGGCCCUAAGAUAUUUUAUGUAAUACUUGAUACUAUUGACAUGAAAACAUUAGUGUCAGGACCUUGACAUUUCUGCUGUCCGUUUUGAAAAUAAAGUAGGUAGACUUGCUGCCAGUAUGAGGAACCUGAUGCCUGUGAGUGUUCAGAGCCAGGAGUGGAGUCCUCUCUUCUACCAUCUAAAUA